UUAGUUGUUGUUGUGAGGAGCUGAACUGCAACAAGGAUGUGCAUAUUUAAUUUAUAUUCUUUGGCGUUUUUGUCUCUCUUUUUGGGACAAUAUAACACAUUUGCCCUUCAGGAUGUAACGACCGACCUUUUCGGUGCCGCUAACUAUGGGACGGUGGCAGCGUUUGGAGAUUUUAACUCUGAUAAACAGACAGACAUCUUCGUCAUCAGAGAACAGUCUGAAGUGGUGAUAUUCUUGGCUGAUUCAAAACCUCCUUACUUCAAGCCCAAACUUAACAUCAGCAAGCACAUUUUGCCGAGUGACGCCGUCAUCACCAGUGUGGUUCCUGGAGACUAUGAUGGAGACUCUCAGAUGGAUGUUCUUCUUACAGCUCAGAUCAACUCCAAGAAAGAAACGGUUUUCAUCUUCUGGGGGAACAACCAGACAUUAGAUAUGGAAGGGUGGCUCAGACUGAACAAGAGCUUUACAGAUCAGCCUCUUGUUAUGGAUUUCAAUGGAGACAUGAUCCCAGAUAUUUUUGGAGUCACCAACCCGCACUCCACUGAAGUCUGCUAUCUCACUAACAGGGUCGCAGUGUGGAAGAAUGGACUGAGUUCAACUGUCAACAUGCGCAUCCCUCACUCCAACGCUUUCAUUGACCUCAACAAGGACUUCACUGCUGAUUUGUUCCUGACAACUGAAGACUCUAAGUUUGAGACCUGGAUCAACAAGGAUGGGAACUUCACCAAAGCUGAGGUCUUGUCAGAGCCAGUAGCCAAGGCUGUUGGACAUUCAUCCUUUGUUGACUUUGAUGGUGAUGGCUACCAGGACCACCUUCUCCCCGCAUGUUUGGGUGAAAACUGUGAACAGAGUGUCAUCUACCUAGCCAAGUCAGGCUCGACAAAGUGGGUCAAAGUCCUGUCAGAUUUCCAGCAGAGGGAAACAGUUUGGAGCUUUGUGCAAGGGAACCCCAGCCAACCCUUGGCCCUGCACCUCGGUGACUACAACCUGGAUGGCUUCCCUGAUGCCCUUGUGGUCCUUCGCAACACCAGUGGCAGCAAUCGGCAGGCCUUCCUGUUGGAGAACGUGCCAUGUAAAAACUCAGACUGCCACGAUGUGGGACGAAUGUUCCACAUCCACUGGGACCAGUCAGACUUGGGAGCCAUCCAGAAUGCCACCAUGGCCACAUUCUUUGACAUCUAUGAGGAUGGUAUAUUAGACAUGCUGGUUCUGAGCCAGGCAGAGGGCAAAAAAGACUUGAUCAUCCAUGCUUUGAAGAACAAUUUUGAAGCUGAUGCCUACUUUGUUAAAGUGAUGG